CAUGUGUACGUCCACUCAUUCCACUGCGGCGCUCAUUACGUCCAACAGGCAUCCAAAGAUGACGGGAUGGGCUAAAUAAUUCUCAGCGUGUCACCUUUUUUCAUGUUCGCGGACUUGGGUUGCGUAAGAGAUUAACUGUGCGGAUGAAGGUGGGAGAUGUGAGCGGCGUGCCGCUGGUUAGCGGGAAUUAGCGCACACACACCAGCAUGGGGCUGCUGGUCGGAGGCUGAGGCAGUGGGAAGCUCCGAGCAUCCGAGGAACAAGAUGCCAACCUUCUCCGUCAUGUACAAAGGAGCGGUCAUCAUCAGCAGGACACUCAUGGGUCCGUACGGUGCAGACAGAAGUGUUCAUUCCAUGGACUUCACAGACUGUGAGAACGGCUUGGGAAUUAAAGUGAUUGGAGGAGUGAAGGAGCUGACGGGAGAGGAGUUUGGAGUUUACGUGAAGAGGAUUCUACCAGGGGGCCUUGCAUCUAGUGACGGAAACCUGCUGCCAGGAGACCAGAUCUUGGAGGUGAACGGGGAAAGUUUAAUCGGUGUCACAAGUGAAAGAGCCGUGGAUGUCUUGAGAGCCGCUUCGGCCACCAAUCACAUGCGCCUCCUCAUAGCCAGAGAUGAGGAAGCAAAGAAAGAAUUUGCUGAGCUCCUGGAGAAAUAUGGCUCCAACGGUAGCACAGGAUCAACACGCAACUCCCCCAUCCAGCAAGGAGGCCGCUGCCUGGAAAGUACAUCGUCUGGUUCCUCGUCUCGCUCCCAGAGUCCGUUGCUGUUAAGCCCAGCUGGCGGCCAGAACGCAUACAACAGCAGUGGUUCCAUGCUGCGCUCACUCAGUCACCCUGGUGAGGGAGUGAUUCAACUCAUCUCCGUGACUCGAUCAAACAAUUUGGGCAUCACCCUGGGAGGGGGCUCUAACCGCCCUGAUGGACCUGCAGUUUUCAUCCAGGAAGUUCUGUCUGGGGGGGACUGCCACCGGGAUGGGCGUCUACGGCCUGGUGAUCAGCUUAUUGCAAUAAACAAAGAGUCCUUGAUCGGCGUCACCCACGAGGAGGCCAAAGGUAUGCUGAACAAAGCCAAAUUCAGUCAGGAAAUCACUGUGGAGAUUGCUUUCAUUCCUGGGAAAGGACUAUUCCCAAGCAGCACGUCUCUCCACAAUGGCGUCCAGCGAGCAGCAAGCAACAGCUACACUUCUGGACGCUUAAAAGUCCACAUCCGAUCACCUGAGAUCUGUGCAGAGGAGUCACCGUCAGUGUCCUCGCCUUCCCCUGACAUCUGUCCACCAGAUAUCCACAUUUCAGGUUCAGUCAACCAGAGGUCACCUACGGGCACCAAAGCCAAGAUCACACUAGACCCCUACAUCCGACUCAAAUCAGACAAGUUGGAUUUGGCUCUCACCUUCCUUGGCUUGGAUGUCACAGAUGAGAAAAGACAGAAGCUGCGACAGAACCUGACCACAGACCCGCAGGGCACCGUGGCCUAUGGAGACUUUGUCGCGGCCACACGCAGUAUUUUCCAGGACAACCUGGAAGAACUGAGUUUGGGAUCGGGACCUUUCAUGUUUUCCUGUCAUGAAGCAGCCAGCCUGAUGGACACGUCGGCCUUUCACUCGCCAACAUACGAAUCAGAGUGCAGCUACAGCGGCGAGGAGAUGGAGCACUUUCAGACGCAGGUGAAACACCUGCAGGGCCAGAUGAAGCAGCUUAAGGUUGUGCUGAAGGACAUGGAAUGUCGCAAAAAAAGUCUUGAAGAUGAGCUGCAGAAGACCUCUGAGAAAGCGUGCGUGACAGUGGAGGAGAAUGUCCGGCUAAAGAGUCGCCUGCAGGCGGCCGAGGCGGAAGCGGGCCAGCGUCACGCGAGCAGCGCCGAGCAGGACUACGAGGAGGUGAUCCAGCUGCUGGAAGCCGAGAUCCGAGACUUGAAGAACCAGCUGGCUGGCAAACGACAGACACGAGGAGGGGAAACCGGCAAGCAGGAGGAGGUAGAAGAGCUGAAUCGGAGGCUGACUGCCGUGGACUUCCAGCUGAGGAAGUCUGAGCUGAACAGGAAACACCUUGAGAUGUCCAACAAGAGACUACUGGGCUUUGCACAGAACGUCCACAAGGUUCUAACCACACCCAGCUUGUUUGGAGGGGAGCUUGGGAGCAACAGGUCAUCACCAGCCGCAGACAGUCCAGACACCCCAUCAGCACUUCCUGACACCGCCUUGCAGCUGGCUGUGGAGGCCAAAGUGCUGGUGCAGGAUGUCAACACAGUGACAGAGGAGGAGUUGUUGCCAGACGUCAGCCCCCACUGCAUGUGAGCCAAAGGGAGGAGUGAUGAAGUGGACUAAUCACAGGCUGAAAGGAAGCGUUCCCACUCGACAAACGGCGCCUACGCCGCCGUCCUGCACACCUGAUCACAAGACUACUUGAUGAGAUUGAACACAACAAUUUCAGGCCAAAGCUGCUUGCUCACAUCCAAUUAGACCUCAUCCGUCUAAAAUACGGCUUCUGCUGAGAGUUUGGACUGACUUAAUGAUCUAUCUCCCCGUCUAUGGACUUGGACGUGUACACACAUAUCUCCAUGUUGUGUUGAAGCAUGACUAGGGCUGGAAGGAAGAAAACCAUUUUGCAUCCAUUUAAAAAUAAUGAACCCAUAAGAACCCACGCCCAGUUCAAGUAAAAUGAUGGUGAUUUACCACAGACCAAGUGGAGCACACAUGAGACAUUUCUUAUGUUUUUCCCCCCUAAAAUACGACUACAGUUGUCCCUCACUCCAAUGCGUUUUUUCAGUCAUGUAUUAAUGAUUUUUGACUAAUGACUUUUCAUAGUUAUCUCACAACAAGCACAAUAACAUAGUCGUUGCCAUCAUACUGCAGCUAAAACUGGAAUUGAAUUAUAAUAUUUGGCACCCUAUUAAAGCAUAAAGUAUUUUUUUUUAAUUAUGUUAUGUCCGAAACGCUGCCAUUUUGGGGACACGCUUCACCAAAGCUUCUUAUGGGUUAAGGCUAAAAGAUUGCUAGCUUCUAUGGCUUUUCUUCUAUGUAAUCAUUGAAGAAAUAUAGUAAGUACAAUUCUAUUGUCAUAUGCCAUUGCCCAUGAAAGAAUCAUAAUUGUUAAAUCGAUUUAAGGGCAAAAAAAAAGCUUUUGGAAAUAAGGUAGCGUACAUGACACGCCGCCAUUUUGGGGACGAGGGAGACAUGCUGCCUUGAUUUUGUAGCUUGUUUUUUCUAAACUCGUUGGAGAAAUAUAGUAAGAAGAGUGGCUUUGUAAUAUUUGACAUCCCAUUAAAACUUUUAAUUGCGACAUGGAUUUCAAAUUAGCUUUCCUGGUUAAAAAAAACUUUUUGGAAAUUAGCUAGCUUACCUGUUACACUGCCAUUUUGGGGAAGUCGUAGCCUGGGAUAGUCACAUGACUGUCACAUGACAAGCACUCCUGAGUUUCCUAGACGUCACUUACACCUAUUCAUCCAUUUUCUAUACCUCUUAUCUUCUUAGAUGUACAGCACUAUUGCUGAUAUAUUUUGACAAUGAUUAUUUUAAUCAUAGAGAUAUGGAUCUGCAGUGAUAAAUGCUAAUGGAAGCAAAUGGCAGCCCUCAGAUAGUGGGACAUUCCCACCCACCCUAAGCAUGACCUCAACACACACACACACACACACAAAUGCAUGUAAAGGGACAAUCUCCAUCCGUUUGAAGUUAUAACUCACCACAAUCUGCUGUUAAGAAAUGGUUUAAAAAAAAAAUCAGUCUUCCUCUUUCCAUCCGUCUUGUUUCUGUGUAAUAUGUGAAGGAUGCUGGUAUGUAACAUCAUGAGCAAUAUUCAUUCAGUCAUCAAUGCAUGUUGUGAGGGAUCUUACUUUCGCAGAAUAGUCACUGCUGCUCCUGCUGUCAUCAUCUUGCUUAGAUAGCCAUCAUCCACCAUGACGAUCAACGGUUCCGCAACAACUGUCCUGUCAUUCAGACAUCUUUGCUGUGGCCUCAUUCUUUCUCUUACACUUUUGUAAUAAAGCAAUUACUGGA